AGAGCUUUAUUAAUGAGUAAGUAGGAAAAUGAUAUAACAGCUUGAUCACGCCUUGCUAACACAUAGUAGGCAGUUGUAAUUUCAAUGUUCCAUUGAUAACUCGGGGAUAGUAGACCUCAAAUGCCGCUGAGAAAGCCGUAAACAAUUCAAGUAAUCAAUGGGUGGGGCUGAGCUAUAAUAUUAUUGCGCAAGAAGGAGGGGCAGCUGUGAAACCAAACAAGUUUCUUGGGUGACCUGGACCAUCUCUUGAUAGAUACAAAGUUCGGUUUUCGAUUAGAGGAUAUAAAGCCACAGCAGACUAAGUCAUGACCACAGAUAUUGCAGUGGGGAUUCGAUGGGAUCCCUUAAUGCAGCAGGACAUGGAGGAUUUUGAGUAUGAUGGAGGAAAUAGCUCUUCACGACUUUUUGAAAGAUCACGAAUUAAAGCACUUGCUGGUGAAAGAGAAAGUGUUCAGAAAAAAACCUUCUGCAAGUGGGUUAACUCACAUUUAAUACGAGCCAACUGCAAGAUUAUUGACUUAUAUACGGACAUGAGGGAUGGAAAGUUGUUGAUGAAACUAUUGGAAAUUCUUUCAGGAGAACGUCUACCUAGACCAACUAAAGGUAAAAUGCGGAUUCAUUGUCUUGAAAAUGUAGACAAGGCCCUCCAAUUUCUAAGGGACCAAAGAGUGCAUCUUGAAAAUCUUGGAUCUCAUGAUGUUGUAGACGGAAAUGCUCGUCUGACCCUUGGUCUCAUCUGGACUAUUAUUCUUCGUUUUCAAAUUCAAGAUAUCACUAUUGAACAAGUUGAUAGUCAAGAAACCAAAUCAGCCAAAGAUGCCUUACUGUUAUGGUGUCAAAUGAAAACAGCUGGCUAUCCAAAUGUCAAUAUACGCAAUUUUACUACCAGCUGGAGAGAUGGACUUGCCUUCAAUGCUCUCAUCCAUAAGCACAGACCUGACUUGGUACAGUAUGAAAGACUUUCCAGAUCUAAUGCCAUUUACAACCUCAACAAUGCUUUUACUGUAGCUGAGGAUAAAUUAGGCCUUACUAGAUUGCUAGAUCCAGAAGAUGUAUUUGUUGAUUGUCCGGAUGAAAAAUCCAUCAUCACUUACGUAGUCACCUUCUAUCACUAUUUCUCUAAAAUGAAAGCAGAGACUGUACAAGGCAGACGCAUUGGAAAGGUUGUUGGAGAAGCCAUGGAGAAUGAGCGCAUGAUUAAUCAGUAUGAAACUCUGACUUCAGAUCUUCUUCAAUGGAUUGAACAGACUAUUGAAGCACUGUCAGAUCGGCAGUUUGCUAACUCUCUAACUGGAGUCCAGCAACAACUCACUUCCUUUAAUACCUACCGCACUGUGGAAAAGCCUCCAAAGUUUGUUGAAAAAGGCAAUUUGGAAGUGCUUCUCUUUACUCUCCAAAGUAAAAUGAGAGCAAAUAACCAGAAACCUUAUUUUCCCAAAGAAGGGAAGAUGAUUUCAGACAUAAAUAAAGCUUGGGAAAGCUUAGAAAGAGCAGAGCAUGAACGAGAACUUGCUUUGAGAGAAGAACUUAUUAGACAGGAGAAACUGGAGCAGUUAGCAGCUCGUUUUGAUAGAAAGGCUGGCAUGAGGGAAACUUGGUUGAGUGAGAACCAGAGAUUGGUGUCUCAAGAUAACUUUGGUUUUGAUCUUGCAUCAGUAGAAGCGGCAGCUAAGAAACAUGAAGCUAUUGAGACAGAUAUUUAUGCUUAUGAAGAGAGAGUACAGGCUGUUGUGUCUGUAGCUAAAGAGCUGGAAUCUGAAAAUUAUAAUGAUAUUGAAAGAAUUAAUGCAAGAAAAGACAAUGUGCUGCGUUUAUGGAACUAUCUAUUGGAAUUACUAAGAGCACGUCGAACCAGACUUGAACUCUCACUUUCUGUACAACAAGCUUUCCAAGAGAUGAUCUACAUUUUAGAUUCAAUGGAGGAAAUUAAGGCACGACUUUUGACUGAUGACUAUGGAAAGCAUUUGUUAGGAGUUGAAGACUUGCUUCAGAAACACAGUCUCAUUGAGGCUGAUAUCAAUGUUUUAGGUGAAAGGGUGAAGACUGUAAUACAACAUGCUGACAAUUACAUUUCACAAGAGUUUGAAGGAUAUCAAGCAUGCAGUCCACAGAUUAUUCAGGAACGAGAACAGCAGCUUGAAGCUGCAUAUUCUGAACUGGUGCAGUUAGCUCUUGAUCGACGCAGCAAGUUAGAGGAGUCUCGCAAGUUAUGGCAGUUUUACUGGGAUGUAACUGAUGAGGAGUCAUGGAUUAAAGAAAAGGAACAAAUUUUAUCACAGGGAGAUAUUGGACAUGAUCUCACCACUGUACAACUUCUCAUCAGUAAAAACAAAGCUUUAGAAGAUGAGAUAUUAGUCCAUGAACAACACCUAUAUGAAAUCAUGAAAGUAGGGGAAGACCUUAUUCAAGCAGGUCACUUUGGUGCAGAGAAUAUCAGAGAGCGAAUUGACUCUGUGCAGAAUAUGUGGAAAAAUCUUAAGGACCUGUUAGCAGCACGUAUCAAGAGGCUCGAAGAGGCUAUUAGUUAUCAUCAGUUUUUUGCAGAUGCAGAUGAUAUUGACACAUGGAUGCUGGAUACACUCAGGCUUGUGUCUAGUGAAGAUGUGGGAAGAGAUGAAGCUAAUGUACAAUCUCUUUUGAAGAAACAUAAGGAUGUUACUGAUGACCUGAAGAACUUUGCUAAUACUAUUGAUUCUCUACAUCAACAAGCUUCUAGUUUGGGUGAACAGGAUCGAGAGGCUCCAGAAGUUUUGGAGCGCCUGGCAAGUAUUGAUCGUAGGUACAAGGAUCUUCUAGAACUUGCAAGACUGCGUAAACAACGUCUUCUAGAUGCUCUUUCUCUUUACAAACUUUUUAAUGAAGCUGAUGGAGUUGAACAAUGGAUAGAUGAAAAGGAAAAAAUGCUCCACACAAUGGUUAUGAGUCAGGACAUGGAAGACAUUGAAGUCAUGAAACAUCGGUUUGAAGGUUUUGAACAAGAGAUGAACACUAAUGCAUCACGAGUGGCAGUGGUAAACCAACUGGCUAGACAGCUACUCCAUGUUGAACAUCCUAAUUCUGAUGAGAUUCUAUCUCGACAGAACCGUCUUAAUGAAAGAUGGGCAGCUCUUCGUGAAUUAGCUGAAGGAAAACGUGAGGAAAUUAAUUUUGCACAUGGUGUACAAACUUUUCACAUUGAAUGCAGAGAAACAACUACAUGGAUUGAAGAGAAGACCAAGAUACUGCAAGCUACAGAGGAAUUGGGCAAUGAUUUGACUGGCAUCAUGACCUUACAAAGACGAUUAAGUGGUAUGGAAAGAGACCUGGCAGCUAUACAAGCUAAGCUUGACUCUUUAGAACAAGAAGCAGAAAAAAUUGAAAAAGAACAACCAGAGGAAGCCGAGAUCAUACGUGGAAGAAUUGCACAAAUUAAGAAUGUCUGGGAACAGCUGACUCAUCUGCUCAGGGAUCGAGAUUCUAAACUGGAGGAAGCAGGAGAUCUUCAUCGUUUCUUGCGUGACCUUGACUACUUCCAAACUUGGUUGACCAAGACCCAAACAGAUGUGGCUUCUGAAGAUAUACCCUCUAGUCUUGCUGAGGCAGAGUCUCUUCUUAGUCAUCACCAACAGAUAAAAGAAGAAAUUAAUAAUUACACAGAUGAUUUUAACCAAAUGAUAGAGUAUGGAGAUCAAGUCACAAAAGAUCAAACUGAUCCACAGUACAUGUUCCUUCGUGAGCGUUUGCGAGCUCUUCAGGAUGGUUGGACUGAGUUGCUUCAGAUGUGGGAGAACAGGCUUCAGCUUCUGUCACAGAAUCUGAACCUCCAGUUGUUCCUGAGGGAUGCAAAACAAGCAGAAGUUCUUCUCAACCAACAAGAACACUAUCUUUCAAAGGAUGAAAGUCCUGCUAACUUGGAACAAGCAGAAAAUUUUAUAAAGCGUCAUGAGGCUUUCCUUACCACUAUGGAAGCAAAUGAUGAGAAAAUUAGCGCUGUUGUCCAAUUUGCAGAAAAAUUGUGUGAUGAAGGCCACGUUGCAGCUGACAAAAUACAUAAAAAAGCAGAAAAUAUAAAUGAGAGACGUAAUGCUAAUCACCAACGAGCCUCGAAACAGAUGGAUAAAUUGAAAGACCAACUAGAACUCAAUCAGUUCUUACAGGACUGUGAUGAAUUUUCCAAUUGGAUGCAAGAAAAAUUCAUCACUGCCCAAGAUGAAACUUACAGAAGUGCAAAAACUGUUCACAGCAAGUGGACUAGACAUCAAGCUUUUGAAGCUGAAGUUGCUUCCAACAAACCACAGCUUGAAAAGUUAGAAGAGGCUGGCCAAGCACUUAUUGUUGAAAAACCAGACAUGAAAGAUAUCAUUGAACCUCGUCUUGAGGAGCUAGCUCAGCAAUUUGAAACCUUAGGGAGGACCACAAAAGAAAAGGGUGAAAAAUUGUUUGAUGCCAACAGACAAGUGCUUUAUGAACAAACAUGUGAUGAUAUAGAUGGUUGGAUUACAGAUUUAGAAAAUCAAGUUUUGACAGCUGAGACAGGUCAGGAUCUCACCAGUGUGAACAUCAUACUGCAGAAGCAACAGAUGGUAGAAACUCAAAUGGCAGUAAAAUCAAAACAAGUGUCAGAACUUCAAAAACAGGCUGAGCAUCUAGUGAAAAUGGAUCCAGAUAAAGGUGGUGACAUUCAGGAAAAGAAGGUCUAUGUACAAGACAGAUUUCAACGGCUUGAAGCUCCUUUACAAGAAAGGAAAUCUCAGCUUCUGAAGAAGAAGGAAGCCUAUCAGUUUCGUAGGGAUGUGGAGGAUGAGAAAUUGUGGGUACAAGAGAAGAUCCCAUUGGCUCUCUCAGCUGAGUAUGGAAACAGUCUUUUUAGUGUGCAAAUGUUAAAAAAGAAGUACCAGUCACUUCGUACAGAGAUAGAUAAUCACGAGCCAAGAAUUAUGAAUGUUUGUGGAAAUGGGCAAAAGCUGAUUGAAGAAGGCCAUGAAGCUGCUGAAGAAUUCCAGAAACUUAUUGAAGAGCUUCUUGAUUUAUGGCAAAAACUAAUUAAUGCAAUGGAUAUUCGUAGAAAUAAACUGGAAGAAUCUGAAAAAGCACACCAGUAUUAUUUUGAUGCAUCUGAAGCAGAAGUCUGGAUGAGUGAACAGGAGUUGUACAUGAUGGUAGAUGAUCGUGGUAAAGAUGAAAUCAGUGCUCAGAACCUAAUGAAAAAACAUGAAACCCUGGAAAAUGCUGUUGAGGAUUAUGCAGUUACAGUCAAACAGUUAGGAGAUGUUGCUAAACAACUUAUUGCAGAGAGUCACCCAGAUAGUGAUCAACUUGCAAUUCGACAAUCUCAAAUUGACAAACUUUAUGCUGGACUUAAAGAUCUUGCCUCUGAGAGACGUGGUAAAUUGGAUGAAGCUCUUAAGCUCUUCUCUUUGAACAGAGAAGUGGAUGAUCUAAUGCAAUGGAUAGCUGAGAAGGAGGUAGUGGCAGGAUCUCAGGAACUAGGACAGGAUUAUGAUCAUGUUACGAUGCUUCGAGAACGAUUUAAAAUCUUUGCUCGAGAUACUGAACAUAUUGGAAAUGAACGAGUAACAGAAUUCAACCAAAGUGCUGACAACCUGAUUAACUUGGGUCAUUCAGACAGUGCCACUAUUGCUGAGUGGAAAGACACCCUCAAUGAGGCUUGGGCAGACUUGUUAGAACUUAUUGACACAAGGACACAGAUGCUAGCAGCUUCCUGGCAGCUACAAAGAUUCUUCCAUGAUUGCAAAGAUGUCUAUGGCCGCAUUGUGGAAAAACAAAAUGCUAUUUCUGAUGAGCUUGGACGUGAUGCUGUUAGUGUGUCCAAUCUGCAAAGAAAGCAUGCAAGCUUUGAACAUGACCUACAGACUAUUGAAAUAGCAGUAACACAGAUCAAGGAUGAAUCUGAGAAUUUACAAGCAUCAUAUGCUGGAGAAAAAGCUCAGGAGAUUAUUGGACGGGAAUCUGAGGUUGUUAAUGCUUGGCAAAAAUUACUUACAAUGUGUCAAAAUAAACGAGUGAAGUUAGCAGACACUGGUGAUCUUUUCCGCUUUCUUAAUAUGGUGAGAGACUUGAUGCUCUGGAUGGAAGAUAUCGUGAGACAGAUGAACACAACUGAAAAACCGAGGGAUGUUUCAGGUGUUGAAUUGCUGAUGAAUAACCAUCAAAGCUUGAAGGCUGAGAUAGAUGCCAGAGAAGACAACUUAUCUGUUUGUAUAAACCUCGGAAAAGAGCUACUAGCUAGAAGCCACUAUGCAUCAAGUGAAAUCAAAGAAAAACUCUUGGCUUUAACAAACCAGAGAAAUACCAUGAUGGAGAGAUGGGAGGAAAGAUGGGAACACUUGCAGCUAAUCCUGGAAGUAUACCAGUUUGCUAGGGAUGCUGCUAUUGCAGAGUCUUGGUUGGUUGCCCAGGAACCAUAUCUUCUAAGUCAAGAACUUGGUAUGACAAUUGAUGAAGUUGAGCAGCUAAUCAAAAAGCAUGAGUCCUUUGAAAAGUCAGCAGCAGCACAAGAGGAGAGAUUUGCAGCUUUGGAGAGGUUGACAACAUUUGAGCUGAAAGAACAGAAACAAAAAGAAGAAAGGGAAGAAGAGGCUGAAAGGAAGCGACAAGAAGAGCUUGCAGAAAAAGCAGUUGAGGAGCCAGAACCAGCAGUAGAAGAACCUGAUGCUGCUCCUGUAAAGGAAGAGGCUGAGGUGUCACCCGUGGAAGAAAAAGAGAAAGAAAUUAUUGGAGAGAAGGAAGCAGUUGUAGAGACAAAAGCAGAAGCUGUGGCAGAGACAUUUCCACAAGUUAUCACAGGUUCACAAUCAGCACCAAGUACACCAUUUUCUGAGAAGGAAAAGAAAAAACGAAGAUCUCUUCCUAGAUCUCCUUUUAGUAGUUGGAGGAAGAAGAAAAAUUCAUCUGUGAAUGAAACUGAUGCUGGUUAUCCCAAAAAAGAACAUUUGAGUCCAGCUGAAGAGGGAGUUCAGUUUGAAGGAAUGCUUGCUAGAAAACAUGAAUGGGAAUCAACCACAAAAAAAGCCUCAAACAGAUCAUGGGAAAAAAUUUACAUGGUGCUUCAAGGAAGAUCAUUAUUUACAUAUAAAGACCAAAAACACUUUAAACAGGAACCAGAAAACUACUUUCAUGGGGAACCUCCAAUUGAUCUCGAAGGGGGUGGAGCUGAAGUUGCCACUGAUUACACAAAGAAGAAGCAUGUUUUUAGGUUGAAGUUACCUGGUGGGGCAGAGUACUUGUUCCAAGCUAAGGAUGAUGAUGAGAUGAAUGAAUGGCUUCAAAAGCUCCAGGUGAAUAUUGGAGAAAGAGAAAGCUCUGCUGGGCCUUCCCGCUCCCAGACACUCCCUGCCAAAUCUGAAGGAGAGAAAAAAGAGGAACACAAAAAACGAGGAUUUUUCACAUUGAAGAAAAAGUAAUAGGGUUUUUUUUUCCAGUUUUUGUUCAUCUCUGUUCUUCAUUCUGGUAACUGCUUUGGAUGUAGCCAGAAGAAACAAUUUCUUUAAAUAAUGGUCUUGUGGCUUUAUUAAGAAAUUGCUUGUAUGCUGGUUAAAAGACUUAGUUUGCCCAGAGAAGCAGAAUUGAUAUUUGGUUCUGUUGGGUUUGUAGUACCACUUAACAUCUGUAGAAUGUGAACACAUGUUAUACUAACACUAAAUAUCAAGGUUUUGCUUGCUUGUUUGUUGUAUGCAUGAUAUCACAGUUUGGGAAAAAGUCUAACAGUAUGGAAAUUGAAGAGUCAUGUAUUGGCCCUUGGUUCUGGAGUAACUACUAUCUAUCCCAGAUAGAUAGUAUAAGAGCACCUAUUCCCUCCCAGCCAGUAACUGUGGAUGCAGGAGUUAGGUAGCUAGCUGUUGAGUUUGCAGGCAGUGUGCCAUUAGCAGUUACCACAUUCAUUUCACAGUCCUCCUCUCCUCAAGUCACAUGUGCAUGCAAGUUGAGAAGAACUGGUUUGUGGAAAACAUUGUCAUUAAUCAGAGCAACUUUAUAAAAGCUGAGGAAUUAUUAUCAGAAUUAAUACAAGAUUUAUUGUGUUGUCAGUGUUGUGUUAUUGUUUUUAUAUUGUUUUCAGAAUUUAAAUGGUUUAGAAAUAUAUCUUUGUACUGGAGAAUUUUACUUUUUUAGAUUUAUAAAUGAGGUUUUUAGUGUAUAACUUCUGAUCCGUCAUUGUUUCAAUUGUUCUUUAGCUAUUGAAGCAUUGAGUCAUCGUAACUCUGUAGUGUUUCAUGGAUUGCCAGUAGUCAAGUCAGACAAGGAGACCUUUUUACCUAGUGAUAUAUAUGAUUUACGUCUGUCAAGGAAAUUUCUUAUUGGGUUGUCUGAAUCACUGUUUGUUUUUUCUUCUAACUGUGACAAAUUAGCAGUUGUAGGUUGUAGUUGUUUUAUUGUUGAUGUGUUUUAAUGUGGCUUUUUGGUUCCAAUAGAGACCUGCCAGUAUUUUACAAUAAACUGGAACUUCAUAUUUUUCAACUACCAGAUGAUAUUGAUAAAGAGUGUUGCUAAAUUAUUCAUUUACACCAAAUCUUUAAGAACUUAAAUAAGCUGUUACUUAUUUUCAUAAUGGCUCUAUAAAUAAGGUGUAAAAUACUGAAUCUGUUAUGGAAAUGGUCAAAAAUCAACAUAUUUUGAUAUUGUUAAAAGUCAUGUUCAUAUAUUAUUAUAUCCAUGAAUGAUAAAAAAAUUAUUUUAUUUGACAUUAUAUGAAAACUAUAAAGUCCAAGAAGUUAUCAGUUUGAUGUAAAAGGGUUUAAAAAUUUUUACAUAUUGUUAUUUCACUUGAGAAAAUUUAUAUGAAAUGGCUCAGAAGGAAGUCAUAUCUGGUCAGCUCUGUUCUAUAUGGUUGUCCAAAAAUGUGCUCAGAGCAGCUUGUCUGUAAUAAAAAAUAAUUUUUUUCUUGUUGGUAA